AUGGGUGAUGUUGCAAAAGGCAGGAAGAUCUUUAUUCAGAAAUAUUCUCAGUGCCACACAAUUGAAAAAGAUGGAAAGCACAAGACGGGACCAAAUCUUUGGGGUUUAUUUGGACGCAGAACAGGACAAGCUGCAGGAUUUUCUUACUCAUAGGCAAACAAGAACAAAGGAGUUGUCUGGAAUGAGAAUACACUGAUGAAGUAUUUGGAAAACCCUAAUAAAUACAUUCCUGGUACAAAAAUGAUUUUUGCUGGAAUUAAAAAGCAGAAUGAAAGAGCUCAUCUGAUUGCAUACUUGAAAAAAAGCAACUUCAUGAAACGUUGCUGCAGCAGCUGUAAUGUCAGAAAAAUGGUUUGA